AAUGUGCGCACUUGCCAUAGAAGGAGCCAAGAUAAGGGGAAGGAACCACUGAAUUAUCCACCGUUAGCCGAAGAGAAAAAUCCCAUUUAUCCAUUUAUCCUCAAAACCAAUGCCUUGGCCCUCACCCCCCUCAAAUGACAAAACUCCCCUUAUUAUCACCCCAAAUUUGCCAACCUGAGAGCUUCCGCUAUCCAUUACUUCUCUGAGCUCCAGCACCCCACUUUCAUGGAUGUCUUAGAAGCUUGGCCUCGGCCUUACAGUCUUUUCUCUCGACGAACACCCUCUUGUCUGCUUCGCUCCUUUAAGUUCUUCUCACCGUUUUCAGGCCAUCACAUUCCCCUUGGAAAUGUGUUCAGAUUUACUCUUUGUGCUGGAAAUCAUAAUUCUCCACCAAUAUCCCCAAUAAUGUCUUUGAAGAAAGGCCUGUCGACAGCCCCUUUUGAAGGACUAUGUGAGGUAGUUUGGACUGUAGAAGCAGAUUUGGCAGAAGGUCAACUUCUCUACAUUAGUGGGGAAUCUGUUGCCGUAGGCUGCUGGGAACCAGAGAUGGCAAUCUUAAUGUCUCCUACUGAACAUUCACACAUAUGGAGGGCUGAAGUUAAGAUGGCCUGCGGGGUAAAUUUCAAGUACAAUUAUUUCAUAAAAGGAGAAAUGCAGCCUUUAUCUGACAUCACUUGGAGACCUGGACCGCAAUUUUCUUUGUCAGUUCCUCCAUCUAAGCAAGAAAGAAAAAUUGUGGUGAGAGAUUCAUGGAUGAGGUCUAAAACUGAAACCUGUCCACCUCAUGCAUGGGGGUCAUGGAUUGAAGAAAGUAAUAUUCCUAUAGAACCUUCUGGCUCAGUUCAAGCUGAAGCUGACGAUAAGAUUACGAAACUUCAUGAAAGUGAUCUAAACAAGUUAGUGCGAUUCUUGAAAGACCUUUCAGCCAAGGAUGAAAAAGAACCAAGUGAAGUGGUUGCAAAUAGUGAUGCAGAGGAGGGAUUAUAUUCUCAUACACUUCUUUCUGAAAGAGACCAUCCUCUUGAGGAACCUUGGUAUUUUCGUUCACGUCUUUUCUUUCUCACGGAUGGGGUUGAUGUGGAGGCUGAUAUGUCAAAAGUUAACAACAUUGUCAAAGAUGAGAUAACUAAGUUGGAAGCAAAUAAUCAGCAUGACCAAAUUACAGAAAAGUUCUUGACUGAAGAAAGCAGUCCUAUAAUUUCCAAGGACUCUGUAUCUACUGUUAUAUUGAUUAAUUCUUCGAAAUGUACCAUGCAAAGGAUUGCUGUAAUGGAAGAUGGUAAACUGGUUGAAUUGUUACUUGAACCAGUUAAAAGCCAUGUGCAGUGUGAUAGUGUAUAUUUAGGAGUAGUUACAAAACUUGUUCCACAUAUGGGUGGUGCAUUUGUAAAUAUUGGAAGCUCCAAACAUUCUCUUAUGGACAUAAAUCACAAGAAGGAACCGUUUGUAUUCCCUCCAUUUCAACAGAGGACAAAGAAACGAGCCAGAGGCUUAGUUUCUGGAGCCCCUAGUGAGCACUCAGCUACAGAUGAAAUUGAACCUUCCUCAGAUGUUGUUUUCAUUAAAGAUGCAGCAGACGAUGACUCUGAGGAUGAGGAGCCAGAGGAAGUGCAAUUUAUGCAUAAUAGCUUUGAGGAUAAUGAUGUUGUUGAGGAUUUUGAUGCUUUAGAAGUUCUGAAGGAGAGUGUGAAUGGUAGUGUAGUUGACUCUGGUGAAGCAGAUGCUGAUUUUGAAGAUUUGUUAGAUGGAGAGCACCACCUAGAAGAAGGAACUCUUCUUGGUUCCUCUUCUUUAGAAAUAUCAAAUGGCUCUUCAGUGUCACAUUCCCAAGAUGUAAAGGAUGCUGAUCAAAACAAAUGGUACCAUGUCCGAAAGGGCACCAAAAUAAUUGUGCAAGUUGUGAAAGAAGGAUUGGGUACAAAAGCUCCCACAUUGACUGCUUAUCCAAAAUUAAGAAGCAGAUUCUGGAUAUUACGCACUCGCUGCGACAGAAUUGGAGUCUCUAGAAAGAUCAGUGGAGUUGAGCAUACACGUCUGAAAGUCAUAGCUAAAACUUUGCAGCCCCAGGGCUUUGGUCUAACUGUAAGGACUGUUGCUACUGGACAUUCUAUGGAGGAGUUGCAGAAGGACUUGGACGGUUUGCUUUCAACAUGGAAAAGUAUAGCAGAACAUGCUAAAUCAGCGGCUCUUGCAGCAGAUGAAGGUGUAGAAGGGGCAACACCUGUUUUGCUGCAUAGAGCAAUGGGUCAAACACUCUCAGUUGUCCAGGAUUACUUUAAUGAUACAGUUAACAAAAUGGUAGUUGACUCGCCAAGAACAUAUUACGAGGUUACCAACUAUCUUCAGGAUAUAGCUCCUGAUCUUUGUGAUCGAGUAGAGUUAUAUGAUAAAAGAAUUCCCUUUUUUGAUGAUUUCAACAUUGAGGAAGAGAUCAACAAUAUGCUUAGCAAAAGGGUUCCACUCCCUAACGGAGGUUCCCUGGUGAUUGAACAAACGGAGGCCUUAGUCUCUAUUGAUGUGAAUGGAGGACAUGGGAUGUUUGGUCAUGGAACAUCACAGGAGAAGGCCACUUUAGAUGUCAACCUUGCAGCUGCUAAACAAAUUGCGAGGGAGUUACGUCUUAGGGAUAUUGGUGGCAUUAUUGUAGUUGAUUUCAUUGAUAUGGUAGAUGACUCUAAUAAGAGACUAGUAUAUGAAGAAGUUAAGAAAGCAGUUGAGAGAGACCGAUCAAUGGUGAAAGUCUCUGAAUUAUCAAAACAUGGGCUCAUGGAAAUAACAAGAAAGAGGGUUCGGCCUAGUGUGACAUUUAUGAUUAGCGAACCAUGCACAUGCUGUCAUGGUACUGGGAGGGUUGAAGCUCUAGAGACUUCCUUCUCAAAAAUUGAACAAGAAAUUUGUCGAUUACUUGCGGCAAUGAAACAGAAACCAGACCCUGAAAACCCAAAAUCUUGGCCAAGAUUUGUACUGAAGGUUGACCAACACAUGUGUAAUUACCUAACCUCAGGGAAAAGGACAAGACUUGCAUUCUUGAGCAGUUCCCUGAAAGUUUGGAUUCUUUUGAAGGUAGCCAGAGGUUUCACCCGGGGAGUAUUUGAGUUGAAACUAUUUACAGAUGAGAAAGCUGACAAAAAUCAGCAUCAAGUUGCUAUUUCAAUGUUGCGAACAGCAGAAGCUAGAACUAGCAAUUCUGGCAAGAAACUGACUCUUGUUCCAGUUAAAAGGGCUAAGGCUAAUAGGAAAUAGGAGAAGGACUGGUUUUCUAUACAACGGGCUUCUUCCUCUGCGUCUUGUAUUCGGAAGGGAAGGGAUCAAUGGGAAGAGGUGGUUUAGUAUCAAGUUGUUUUCCAUGGCCUCCUAGCUGUUAGUACCGUGUGAGUCAAGCCAGUCUAAAGUUCCUACUGCAUUCUUUUUUUCAUUGAGCUGUUUAGUUCAUAUUGCUUGGCAAACCAAUUUUGAUCCUGGGAACAACUUUCUUGACAGCAAAAUGUUCCAUGGUAUCAGUUUGAUAUUGAUUGUAGUAGUUCAAUUCUAGAAAUCUGAAUCUUCUUCUUCCCUCUUAAGAAAACUUCUGAAUCGAAAGAGGCCCUCGUGUAACCAUCAAUUUCAACUGGUACUACAUUGUUAAGUUUUGUUGUAUCUGAGUGCCACUUACUGUUCUCAUUUGUUCAAAGGUUCAAAGAAGGGUGUAUCAGGUUCAUUUGUUGCACUAUGCACAUUCCUCCAAGAAAAAAUAUCACAAACGGCCAUGUCAUAUAAGAAACCGCCAUUCCUCAGCUCCAGGAGCUGGCUUCCCGAACA